AACAAACACAAGUGGAACGAUGCGUUUAACCCGAGACUCUUCUGCCACCGUCGCCUCCUUCAACCACCGUAUUAGGGUUUUCAGAGUCACACCUUUCGUUCUUUUCGCUCACCGGAGGCAAUGCUUCCGUUAAGCAAUUAACAGUGUGCUUUGAAAAUCCCACAUUUUGAUAGGCGAAACGAUACAGCAGAACACUGCAAUUCCUUCGCAACGUUCGUCUCGGGUAUUCGCCAUAUCAAAAAAUUUCAGCAUAACGGUUUCGGUUCGAAAUGGAAGAAGGCAAAGGAAAUAAGCAGGAAUCAAAUGCUUCUGCAACCGAGGUUUAUGCGGUGCCCGGAGAGCCUGCUGUUGUGAUUAACGGUGUGCCUGAAAUAGGCGGCGCUAGCAGCAUUGUCCCUUCCUGCGACGCGUUGAGCGUCUCUGAAAAGGACGGGAAUAUGGGUUUGGGUGAUUGGUUCAUUGGGCGGGAUAUCCAGAAGUUGUUUAUGGGAAGCUAUUACUCGGGUAAAGUAACCGAGUAUGACAAAGAAACUGGAUGGUAUCGGGUUAAGUACGAAGACGGUGACACAGAGGAUCUCGAUUGGCUGGAAUUGAAGGAGGUUCUGCGUCCUUUGGAUGUUUCCGUUUCGCUUAAGACCUUGGCGAACAAGGUUAUUCGGAAUCGUAAGAAAUCUAUUCAUAAAUCUGGGAAGAAAAGUGCUCGUUCACAAAAUCCCCAAAUCAAAAUAAAGAAAACAAAAGGAAAUUAGAUUGAGAAUAACAAUAAUUGAAAAUUUAUUGUUUUGUAGAUACACAAAUAUCAAAACAUAAAGCAAGGAAUUGAAGAAGGCCUUGAAAAUGAUGAACUGAAAGAGGAAUUGAGAAAUUGGUGGUGGUGAUGAAAUGGACCAUACAAAUUUUGUUGUACUUGUAACAAUAGGAUUACUGUUGUUGUUUUGUAGUUAGGGAAUUGGUUGCUAGGAAAAUUUGAAAGUUUUGUUGCAAUAGUGAUAGAUGUUUUUGUUGUAACAUGGGAAUUUAAUUGGUAUAAUGGCAUCAAAAAUAUUUUCUCUCA